AUGGCUCGUCUUGCGGCGUUGGCCCUCACGGGCCUCACGCUCAUCGCGCGCCUCACCGCGGCCGUCGCGACGCAGGCCGACAUUGAAAACCCCGAGUUCAUGACGUUCUCUGUCCCCGAGCACCCCAACCAUGCCAUUCGAAUCAAGGAGCAAAGCGACGAGAUCUGCGCCGCUGGGUCGCGGCAGUGGACCGGCUGGUUGGACACCGGCGGCAAACACCUCUUCUUCUGGUACUUUGAAAGUCUCAACGACCCCGAAAACGACCCCCUCAGCCUUUGGAUGACCGGCGGCCCCGGCGGCAGCGGUCUCGUCGGAAUGAUGCUCGAACUCGGCCCCUGCCUCAUCUCCUCCUCCGGCAACUCCACCAUCCACAAUCGCUACGCCUGGAACUCCAACUCAUCCAUGAUCUUCAUCGACCAGCCCGCCGGCACAGGCCUCUCCUACCACGACCCCGGUGUCCCGGGCCCCGCCACCUCCGCCGCCGCCGCCGCCGACAUGAACGUCUUCCUGCGCAUCUUCUACACCGCCUUCCCGCGCCUGCGCUCUCUGCCCUUCCACAUCGUCGGCGAGUCCUACGGCGGGCACUACAUCCCCACCCUCGCGGCCGAGAUCGUGCGCUACAACACCGAGUCCCCCGCGCCGGAGUUCAAGAUCCCGCUGAAGAGCGCCAUGAUUGGCAACGGGUUCGUCAGUCCGCGGGAUACGACAUGGGGCUACUACGAGACGCUGUGCACGACGAAGCCCGGCGUGCCGGCGCCCGUGUUCAACGAGAGCUUGUGCGGGCAGAUGGCGGCGGCGCUGCCGCGGUGCAUGUACCUGCAGGAGGCGUGCUAUGCGUUCCCGGACCCGAUUGUGUGCGAGGCCGCGGGGGCGUUUUGCUUCGGGCACGUGGACGAGCUGUAUUACCGCGACGUGCGCAAGGGCGGGCGGAACCCGUUUGACAUCACGGCGCCGUGCGAGACGGAGAGCAUAUGCUACAAGGCGGGCGACGGGAUCGAGGAGUAUGUGAAGAGUGAUAAGGUGUGGCGGGCGCUGGAGGUGCCUGCGGCGGUGGACCGGGAGAAUUUUACUCUGAUUUCGAUGGAUGUGAACCACGCGUUCGAGGUUGCUGGGGACGUGUUUUUGAGCACGGAGAGGGAGGUCAAGUAUAUACUGGAGAAGGGGGUGGAUGUGCUGAUUUACAAUGGGGAUCUGGAUUUGGCGUGUAAUACGGCGGGGAACAUCCGGUGGGCGGAGAAGUUGGCGUGGGAUGGGCAGGUUGAGUUUGGGGCGAAGGAGUUUGGGGUGUGGUUUGCGGAGAAGAAGGGUGAGGUUGUGAGGGCGGGGAGGUGGAAGGAGGUUGUGAAGAGGCUUGGGGGCAAGGAUACGAGAUUUGCGUUUGUGACGGUGGAGGGGAGCGGGCAUAUGGUGCCGUUGAACCAGCCUGAGGUCGGGUUGGAGAUGGUGAGGAAGUGGAUGUUUGGGAGCUUUGAGGACGCGGCGAAGGGGGGCGUUGAAGUCAAGGUUGGCGGACAGGGCAGAGAGGAGCAAUGGUCUUUGGAGCUGUAA